UUGCACUGCAAAUUGCACUUGCAAAAGCAACGCAACAAGCAAACAGCACACACCACUGUCCGUUACAGUGCCACGGCCAACCAAAGCAGCACACACGAAGCAGGAUGCGGUGGGUUGAGACGCUUCGACGGAAGGUGAAGGAGUACAUGGCCUCGUCCUCCUUUGCCUCUGCAGCUUUCUGGGCAGACAAGAUCGUCACGGCCACAGAUGGCGCAUUGGAGGACGUGUACUUGCUGGCCAAGGCGUACAUGAGCCUGCAGCAGUACGAGCGGGCCAUGCACGUGCUGGUGAAGUACGACGCGGUGCGGCAGUCCCCUGCAGCGCGCCUCAUUGUUGGCCAGUGCUUCACGGCGCUUGAUCGGGGCGAGGAGGCGCUGGACGUGAUUGGCGUGGACGACGAGCACCUGGAUGAGCUGCGCGUGGCAGAUGCGGAGGUGGCGGACUUUCACCCCAUCGCCGACGUGCGGGCACAGCUGGCGCUGUUGCGAGGGAAGAUCUUCGAGAACCAGGACAACCGCAUCAAAGCCAUUCGAUCCUACCGCGCAGCCCUCAACCACGACCCGUUCUGCGCAGAGGCACUGCAGCGGCUCGCCGACCACCACCUUUUGAAGCACUCUGAAGAGACGCAGCUGGUGGCCUCCAUCUUGCCUGUGAUGCAAGACAAGCUUGCAUCUGAGGAGGAGGGCGAUAUUCUGACUGACAUCACCGACUUUCUCUACAGCAGCCUUUUCGAGCGGUACCAAGAGGUUCCCAUCAGCGACCAGAUUCCCAUCAAGCUGCUUGCCAACCCUGAUAUUCAAGUAUCGCGGGCGGCACAGCUGUUUAACCAAGGACAGUUUGAGGAGAGCUUCACCAUCACCACAAAAGUGCUGGACAACGACAAGUUCAACGAGGCGUGCUUGCCAUUCCACAUUGCGUGUCAAGUGGAGCUGAAGGAAAUCAACUCUUUGUUCUACCUCGCACACCAACUCGUCGACAACAUGCCACAGAAGGCCGUGACGUGGUUUGCUGUUGGCAGCUACUACUUUGCCACCAAGUUCUAUGAAGUCGCUCGCACAUACUUCAGCAAAGCGACGACAAAGGACGUGAGUUUCGGGCCUGCGUGGAUUGGGUUUGCGCACGCGUUUGCUGUUGAGGGCGAGCACGACCAGGCCAUGGCGGCAUACAGCAACGCCGUUCGCAUUCUCUCCGGCUCCCACCUCCCGCUGCUGUACAUGGGCAUGGAGUAUGCGCAGACGAACAACCGCCCCAUCGCCAUGCGCUACUAUCGCCAGGCAGCAGACAUCUACGACGCCGACCCGGCCAUCUUCCACGAGAUGGGUGUUCUGCACUACCACGAAGGACGACACGACGACGCCAUCAAGUGCUUCAACAAAGCGAGAAAGCUCUUCCGCCGGCUUAGACUCGCACCGGCACGCCUGCACUCCACACUCGUCAACCUCGCGCGCGUUCGCCUGCGACUCGAGGAGUACGAGGAAGCGGUGCAGCUGUAUGAGGAGGCGCUUUCGCUCGUGCCGGAUUCAGGCGUCGCCCACGCCGGCCUUGCCUUCAUCUAUCACCUCAGAGACGACUUUGAACGCGCCAUCCAGUAUUACCACAAGGCGCUGGCCCUCAAUCCCUCGGACGCGUUCUGUGAACAGAUGUUGGCAAAGGCGCUGGCGGAACAAGUGCAGGACUUUGAUUUGCCCGCCCCAGAUGCCGCCCCAGAAUAGCACACACGACAUGUCUCUCUGUGUAUUUGUGUGUGUGUGACUGUGUGAGGCACUUGUAAGUGAUUGGUGUCCCCUUUCUCUCUCUCUCUCUCACACACACUUCCUGUGUAAACGGUUUCAGCAAGUCGUUUAUUACCGUUGCUCUGAGAAACUACACAAAAGCACGCAUGACAGGUGGGGGAUGUUUGUUUGGUUUUCUGCUGCUGCCUGUAUCCAACAAGGCAUAACUUACGAUGUGUGUGUGUGGGGGGGGGGCGAACCUGAGCGAGCAAGUGAAGGACAAUGCUACGAACAUGACACGAGCC